CUUGCUAAUUCUUCUCUCACUUUCCAUAUUCUUCUUCUUGAUUCUAGAACAUUUUCUUCUCCCUUCUCCCUCUAAGAAUUCGGUUCCCUCCCUAUACUAUCUUAACCACCAAAACUUCAUCAAAUUACCAUGCAUUCACUACAUGAAUGGUACACAUAAGUUUCUAGAGGUGGUUUAAGCAAGAAAAACACUUCAAAACUUUUCACUCCCUUCUUAAUUCCUCAAAACCGCCCCCUCCUUCAACUUUCCAAUUCUUCAUUUCUCUUUCAAAUUUCAUGGGAAACCACAUAUAAGCUUGCUCUAGGGGACUCAAGAGUGGUAUGAUUACAAGAUAUACAAGUUAUUAUACGACAAGAUGGUUCGUGAUGAUGAAGAAGAAGUAGCUUGACCAUAUAGAGUACACUUCAGUGGAACUAUUUCGGAGGUAACAGGCAAGAAAUUCUAUGAUUUGUUCAGAGAAUAUCUAUUUAUUGUAAUUUUAAUGUAUCCGACGCCAAGUUUAACACACAUGCUAGAUAUCCUAGGUGAUUUCUAGUAGGGGUGUUUCAAAUUUGUAUAUUACUUGAUUUUAUUAUAGAGGAAAAUUUUUCCAGCCAUGAGCUGGAAGCAUUCAUUGUUACUGGCCACAGACUCCACUUCCAAACUCCAUAUAUUGAAUUUUAUUAUGUAUUGAAGCAAUUUAGGCUGCAGGAUAUAUUAUGACGAUUUCAUGCUUUGAAAAGAUACCUCUUUGACAACCAUCACUGCUAUAUUUGAUCUGGCUUUUACUAAGGAAAGGAAACAUCAACAUGGGGUGAUUAAGCUUUGGGUAUCAUGUCAUAUAAAAUGUAAUUUGCAGUUUUAGGUACGGUAUGAUAUAUGAUAUAUGGUGCAUAGCUUGAAAGAAAUAAGCUGAUCGUACCUAACUUCCGUUGAUCUUCUCAUAUGAUUUUUUUUACGCAGCAUAAUCUUUUUAAUUUUAAUAUUUGGGGCUGUGCGUUAUACAAUUAAGCAACUUGUAUCAUUUUUUUUUUUAUAUUGCAACUUGUAUCAUUUUAAGCAAUUGGGAUUAAUCAACGUAGAUGGUUUUAUUCCCUGUCCAACGUGAAUGUGUUUUACUAUAUUGUGAUAUUAUAAAGAUAUUUUAUAAAAAGGAGAUUAUUUUAGGAUAGGAUUAUUUAUUUUCUUCAAAACAUGGCAAUUAUGGGGGAACAAGCCGUGUGCAGCAGUAUACAAAACCUCAAAUCACUAUUAUGUAUAAAAGUAAAUCUUGUUAACUCUAUGCACAUGUCAUGCACAAUUAUAAAUUUGAUGAUCCUUGGGGAGGGAAAGAGAAACAAUGUCUCUGAAGACUUUUUUUGGAUGGAGUCUAUAAUAAGCCACCACGGUUCAAUGAGUUAUCUUUACAAUGAACUUGCAUAUGGAAGUUUAUGUAAUAGUAUAUUCUAUAAUAGUUGGUUUAUGUAGAAUUAACAGGAUGAUAUAACUGACAGAACAAAACCAAUGACAGCUGAAAAAUAUUUGUUGGUAAACAUUUUGUUUUUAAUUUAUCCAAUUGCCUAUUGUGCUGACAUGGAAAAAAAUGACAUAGCUUAGUUUGACUUUCAUAUUUCUAUUAGACUUUACCAAUUACCAAUAUAUAAUUCCAUUUGACUUUCAUUAUUGAUUCUUAAUUAACUUGGAUAAAUGAUUUUCAAAUAUGGAAUCUUCAUUUUAUAGCCUGGUUUGUUCUUGUUCCAUCUAAAAUAGCAAUGGACAUCUUGAAGUUCUUCUUUCAUUUGUUCAUAUUAUUUCCUGUCAUAUAUACCUCAGAGGACUAUUGUCAAAAUUCUUGGUGCAGUGAAAAUAACAUCCUUAUUCGCUUCCCUUUUCAAUUAGAAGUUGAUGGUGAUCCACGUCCUUAUUGUGGCUAUCCUGGUUUCAAAUUGUCUUGUACUAAUGAUGGCAAAACUGUUCUAACACUUCCUUAUUCAGGAGUGUUCUAUGUUCGCAAAAUCAACUAUCUCGAACACCACAUACAAGUCUAUGACCCUCAUCGUUGCCUUCCAAAUCGUCUUCUAAGUCUCAACCUUUCAGGUUCACCUUUCGUUACCGAACUUCUUACUAACUACACUGUCUUAAGCUGCUCAACUCCGAACAUGUUAGGAUCACAAUUCACACUUGACUGUCUCAGCAACUCUACGCAUUUUGUAUCAGCUAUUCCUUCACUGAGCUUCACCAAUUCAUUGCCUCAGUCUUGCUACAUCAUUAGAAAUUUUUCAGUUCCAGUUGCAAGUUCAUAUCCGGAAUUUUUUUUAAACAACUUCAGUGAAGAUCUUGAACUAACAUGGUCUUCACCGGAUUGUAGAUAUUGCGAAUUACAAGAUCGCAUGUGCGGAUUUGAGAGCAGAAACAACAAUCAAGUUCGUUGUUUCUCUAAUCAACAAACAGAAGUCAGAACUUUUGUAUCUUCAGGUCAUUCACAACAUAGUCUUAUGAUUUCUAGAAUCAUAAUAUUAUCAAUUGGGGGAGCAAUGAUGUGUGGAAUUGGGAUAGGAUGCGUAACAUGGUUCAAGCGUAGAAGAAGGACGAUAUCAGCUGAACCUUCCAUUGACAUUACCAUUACAAGGAUGAGGAUGGGUCUGGAUGAGUCAACAAUUGAGUCUUUUGGGAAGGUUGUGUUAGGAGAGAGCCGAAGGCUGCCGGGAGUGGGACACAACGAUGGAACCGGAUGUUGCUCAAUAUGCCUCUCAGAGUACAACAGUAAGGACAUAAUUAGAUGCAUUCCUGAAUGCAAACACUGUUUUCAUGCUCACUGCAUUGAUGAAUGGCUUCGCAUGAACGCUACAUGCCCAGUUUGCCGCAACUCUCCCUUCCCAUCUCAUUCUCUUCUUCAGAUAUCAUCAUGAAUCAACUUAGAGAACCAUUGCUUGUAAAUCACACUAUCAGAAGUUUAGGAUAUGUAUCAGUAUCUAGAUGGCUUAAGUUACUGAGUUUGCAUUCCGAUGAUAAUGCCAUUUUGUAUAGAAUUAACUUUAUAAAAUAAAAAAUUAGUUUGAAGUAAUUUGAUUUUGUAUUUGAAAAAUAAAAAAAUGUUGUAAGUAAUUUUUUAGGCAAACUUGUAUAAAACGUUCAAGCCUACAAAACUUCUUUUAUCAGUUCUGCUCAACAAACUGGGGUUAACAUCA